AUGUCCAUGGCUAGUGUGUCUCUUCUUCGUCAACGUUCGAAAUGUAUCAAAUGCCCCCGAGAGUCCCGAAUAGCGGUGUUCUCGGUGGCAACUCCAGCUACGACAACCAGCUUGUCCUGGCCGGUAGCAGCAACUCACAUCGUCAUCCCCGACACGGAGGCUUCCCUUUCAACGGACAAUGCGACUGCCUCCGCAAAUGAUUGGCUUGCAUCCACCACCUCUCUUCAGCGUCCAACUGAUCACCAGCCUGCAGAGACCACCGCAGCGCGCGAUGCAUCUCUCGCUUCGAGCGUCGUCACCGCCACAGCAGACAGCCUCAGCGCUUUUAUCGCCUCCACCUCAUACCUACCCAGUUCGCAUCAGGAACACAUGCCACUGACAUCGCAGACGAGCGCCCCAUCCCCAAGUCUCAAAUCGGGCCAAACGGUGCCAUCAUCAUGGACAGGACACUCCGAGUACCGGUUUGCUCCAGCCAGUUUCGUCACGUCGGCGACUCAGUCGUCUCUCACGAUCAGUACUACAUCGACGGCCACCGCCACCCCAACACAGAUAAAUCCCAACAACAAUCCCACUGCUUCGUCCAAUCGCGUAGACUUGCCCAACAGCUCCAACUCUAACGCACCACUCCGUAUCAUCUUGGGCAGUGUGCUGGGAGGAGUCGCCUUCGUGGCCCUCGCUUUAGCAAUAGGAUACUACUACUUUCGGAGCUCCCAACGACGAAAUAGUCGAGGGGCUCCAAGCCCCAGCACCAGCGAAGAAGACUUUCCAGCGGAAAAGACGCAGAUUAUGUCAUUUUCACCUGGUGCUUCUCGGCCAGGGAACCAAAGCCGUCGGUCCUUCCUUUCCGACGUCUCUUCCUCGGUGCGCUCGCUGCCGAUUCACCUUGCCCGAGUCCCCGUCUCCAAGCCGGACUACACAUACCACGGACCCCGUGCGUCGGCUAUCCCCCGCGCUGCAAACACCAAUCCCUUCGUUGAGCCCCUCGAAUUCACCUACAAAUCCGAUUCAUCCCGUGGAACGAGGAUUCCCAGCAACCCUUUUGCGGACCCCGCCUCCUCUACUCCUCACCUGCGCCAGUUGCAGACUUCCCAACCGCCGCGCCCCAUCUCGGUCGCCUGGGGCGGAUCCGUUUCUAGCGGCGGUAAUGUCAGUCUGGGCAGCACGCUCAUCUUGCCGAACGGCCGCAGCAGUGCCGGCAGCAGUCUCCUCAACCGACUCAGCUACCCGUUCACCGUCAACGAGCUCUCGGACGCCGGGGGCGGCGAGGGGUACUACGAUCCCGCCGCACGCGUGAGCACGCGCAGUGACCCCUUUGAUCUGGAAUACCCCGCCAAGGCGGCGAUCAUCCAUCGGCGCAGCUCGACGGUCAUCCCGGUUGCGCCGCUAUAG